AUGGAGAACGAUCAACAAGGAUCGUACUUGAGAGAUGAGGAUAAGGAAGAGAUGGAGAAAAGGAUCAGAACCGUUGUCAUUGAUUCGAAUCUAGUUUUAUCUAAUUCAACUUGUGGUAUUUGCCGUACGGCUGAAGAUGAAUAUAUUAAGGUUUAUGAUGAUCAUAACAAUGAUGGUGAGGGUGAUGGUGAUGGUGAUGGUGAUGGUGAUGAGGAUGAGGAUGAGGAUGCGGAUGCGGAUGAGGACGAGGACGAGGACGAGGACGAGGAUGAUGAUGAUGAUGAUGAUGAUGAUGAUGAUGAUGAUGCUGAUGAUGCUGAUGAUGAUGAAGAUGAUGAUGACGAGGAUGACGAUGAAGAUGAGGAUGAUGAUGAUGAUGAUGAUGAUGAAAAUGAUGAAGAGUGCGAUGAUGAAUAUGAUAGUCAUCGUUUAAUCUCCACACCCUAUUGUACUCACAAGUUCUGCAAAACUUGUUGGAGGGAGUACCUAGAGACAAAUUUCUACUCUCUGGAGGAAAACUUAACCGUAAUCUCAUGUCCUGAUCAAGAUUGUGGAGCUUCGGUUAGACUAAAAACGAUUGAGAAACUAGGAGUACAUGAUCAAGACAUGUACUUGAGUUAUGUUAUGAGAGUUUACAUUGAGAAUGAGAGCAAACAGCUCCCUGCACCGGAUGACAACUAG